UACUCCAGCUUUAGUCUUUACUGCGUGUAUAAUAGAACCAUUUAGUGGAGGCGCAAUGGCCCAGUGGUUGGGGCAGCGGACUCGCGGUUUCGAUUCCCAGACCGGGCGUUGUGAGUGUUUAUUGAGCGAAAACACCUAAAGCUCCACGAGACUCCGGCAGGGAUGGUGGCGAACCCUGCUGUACUCUUCCACCACAACUUUCUCUCACUGUUACUUCCUGUUUCUGUUGUGCUUGAAAUUCAAAGGAUCAGCCUUGUCACACUGUGUGACGCUGAAUAUCCCCGGAACAGCCUGCUCGUGAAAUUAACGUGCAGUUAAUUUCACGAGCAGGCUGUUCCGUUGAUCGGAACCCUCGACGUCGUAAGCGACGGAGUGCCAACAACCAUAGAACCAUUUAUAUUAACAUAUAGAAGAUGAGUUUCACAGCCUAGUCAGCCUCAACAUUAGAAUCAUUUGCUAUUGUUUGAUAGCGGGUUUGCCAUGAGCGAAAGGUCAUAUGAACAACGGCGUUUCAGCUAUGACCAUCUCGAAUAUUGUAUAUAUAGUUCUACAUAAUCCAGUGUGCCAUCCCUUUUCAGACUGUAGGAUGGAAUUUUAGAAAACGAUUUCCCAGCCAUUUUUUGAGGUUGAAAACGAGAAAGUUUCAAGACUCAAUUUAUAAUAGCAGUUAAAGGAGCAACAGUGAAAAACACGUGGAUUCGUGGUUAGAGUAUUUGGCUCACGAUCGUAAGUCGUGAGUUCGAUUCCCGGUGACACGUUGCGUCCUUGAGCAAGACUCUUUAUUUCGUAUUGCUCCCGUCCACUCAGUUUACAAAGUUUAGUUGUCUGUAAUUCAAAAGACCAGCUUAGUCACAUUCUUUGUCAAGUAGAAUCUUGAUAAUUACGUUAAUCGUACACGUAUCCAUGGUAUGUUCAACCACUUGCACGUUAAUUUCACGAGCAGAUUGUUCCGUUGAUCAGAUUAACUGGAAUACUGGUCGUCGUAACCGACGGAGUGCCAAUACAACAAACUAGUGAUUGGCUACUUCCGCUUUCAACACUACAGCCUCUGUGCUCUAAAGCAUCGUUUUAGGAUGUCUUCAUACGAUAGCUACCGACACGAUUUGAUGAAUAAAGUUAUAACCUAUAUUAGAGAUAAUCGUCCCAGUCGUGCGAAAGAAUUCAUAAAGAAACAUAAGCUCGGAAAAUAUCUGAAGAACGUGACAAACGCCAACGGUGGAAACCUCCUUCAUACGUGUUGUUCUUUCACCAAUUCAAGACGUUUUCUCAGAUAUCUUUUACGUAAAGAAGUUAACCCCUUACAAACGGACUUUAAUGGAAAUUUACCUCAUCACUAUGCAGUGCACCAGCUCCUCUAUAUUGAGGAUCCACAUGAAGCACAGUUUGUCUAUCAAGAGUUUGUUAAACCAUUUCUGAAUGCUUUCCCCGACUGUUUGAUGUUUAAAAACAGGUUUGGAGAGUCAACAGAAGAUUUGUUGUUACAAUUUUUUCAUUAUCAAAAUAUUUAUCAGUCAACAGAUAUCACAGAUGAAAGUGAAUAUAUAAAUGAAGAACAAGCAUGGAAUUAUAAGCUAGGAGAUGUCUUUGAAGAUGAAUAUGAAAGAAGUUGGGGAAGAUAUGAGAAUGAUUACUUUGAACAUAGUAAAGAAUGGGAAUCUUACGAUGCAUGGGCCAACAGAAUAUCAUCUGAGAGAAAGAGGAAAAAGGAAUCAUUGAAAUAUGAGUACAGUUUUAAGAAACCUCAAAAGAAGUUACACAGAGGGAAUUCGAAAACACACACUCCAAAUCCUGUUUCACAACCUAAAAGAAAACAUUCUGAGAGAAAACUCACUGAAGUGGAAUUUUUGAGGAAUGAAAAGAAAUACAAAAAGUUGUUAAAUGGAAACCAGAAGGAAAUUCUUUCUUUUGAUAGCUUCCCUUGGCCAACUGACAACCAGGGAAUAUGUCUUUCUUAUGAAGGUGUAGAAUCUCUUCAUAUUGACAAUACGUUAGAGAACAAAAUGCUGGUCCGAAAACUGCAGCGCCGAUGGCAUCCUGACAAGUUUAUGCAGAACUUUGGAAACCGUUUGCUUGAAUCAGAUAGGGACCACAUUAUUAACCAAAUUAAUGAAAUAGCCAAAGCACUGAACAAAAUUAAUGAAAAAUUAGUUUGAAAAGCUUGUAUUGUGUUGAAAUUAUUCUGUUGAUAUAACUUCAAACUAACUGUAAAAUAAAAAAUAAAAUAUUUGAAAUGCCUUACUUAUAGGCUGUGCAUUAAAUAAAAUAUUAUAUAUAUUUUGA